AUGGUCGUCCUCUGUUCCAUGGGUAAUCGCCGCGCCCGCUUUGUGGGCGUGGCCCUUCUCAUGACUGUUGUGGUCCUCUGGCUGGGCUACCAGGCACAACUGGCCCCGACCACGCUGCGACAGGCGCCAUUCGAAGUCCGUCCUCAGUCCCCUCCAACCGUGGAAAAGCCUAUUGGGCCCCAAGGCCAGCAUGGUGACCACCAGGGAGAUGUGAAGGUCCUUCCAGAGAAGCCUACACAUGACGGGGGUGAAAAGGAUGCCGGCAUGCAGAAGGACUCGGAGGAGGAAGAGCUAGUCAUCACUACUGCUGCUUCAACUUUCACCUCUGCUUCGACAGCGACCUCUGUCGCGACCUCAACAUCCACUUCUACUGCACUUCCCACGGAAGAUGCUGUUCCCUCCGUCAACUGCACCGCCCUCAGGCCGCCGCUGCCGGACUCUGAAGGAGACGGUCACUUUCCUUACGCACGCCCGCCGCCAGAAUGUCGGACAUUCCGCCUCCCCGAGCUCGAGGCCGUGUUGGGACGCACCUCUCGGCGAAUCGAAGACCGGGCUCUCAUCCGCCUGUUCAGGAACAGCUACUCGCACACGCUGGACACCAUGAUUAGGUGGCGUGGCUAUGCCCACGAGAAACAGCCCGCUGAUAGUGGCCAAAUUGCCGAGCGGCCUAUCACAGAUGAGGAACUCACCUUCGUAGUAACGAGGGAAGGCUCCCACGUCAUGUAUCUCCGCGACUCGGUGGCUCACAUCGUCCCGUACGAGCGUCUCCUGGAACCAUCCAAGGAGCCCGACUCGCUGGCCAGCCUGUGGAGGGGCCUCAUCAACCUCCAGUCCCGGUACAUCCUCGCGGCUCCCCUUUGUGAUGCCUUCCAACCGCCAGAUGAGAGCAAUAUUGCUCCUCAAGAGAACCCGGCUCCAGCACUUAGCUCGACCGGCUCGCUGCCCUUCGACCCCAAAGUCGUCUACGACUGCAGGUGGGAGCUUUCCAACCUGGCCUCAUUCCUGCAGCUCAGCGCGGUCUAUUACUACCGCACUGAGGAUCUAGAGUUCUUCGCCAAGUACUCGUGGGUGGACGCCAUCGCGGCUAUCAUUGAUACGGCUGAGGCAAUGCGCAAUGGAACUGUGGAUAUUGAUGGCAACUCGCUUGUACCUGCCUGGCCGUUCAACAUCAACGGUUCAGAGGGCCUGCUCGACGCUAUACCUCCAGUGAAGGAGAACGGCAUGAUUCGCUCGGCGUUCCGCCCUAAUGGUGAGCCUGCUGUUCACCAGCUGGUGACGCCCAGCAACAUCAUGUUUGCCGUGUAUCUGGAGCAUGCCGCGGCCAUCUUGGAGGCACUUUCGGAGAGCGUGCAUGGAAAUGACCAGAAGAAGGCCGGCAAGCGUGAGACAAGCAGGGCUCUUGACCUAGCGACCCGUAUGCGCGCACUGGCAACAGGGAUCGGUGAAGGCAUCAAGCGCGAUGCUGUUGUGAAGCAUCCUGAUUUUGGUGAGAUCUUUGCCUAUGCUGUCGAUGGAAAUGGUGGCGUGGAGACGCCGGAUGAUGCUGCGAACUACCCGUCGCUGUUGGCCAUGUCGCUGUGGAACUUCACUCUGCCGGAGCGCAAAGAGAAGACGAAGCAGCCUCAAGUGGUCAAGUCAGUUAAACACGUCAACGGGCGAGAUACUGGCGAGGAGGAGACCCAGCAUGAGAAUGCUAUUCAGGAAGAAAAGGUAAAAGAAGAGAAGCCCGCGACGACCACCUUCGCAAUCGCCGCGGCGACUGCUUCUACAGCCACAGCAAAGGCCGUUCACAUUACCACCUCAACCUCUACAAGUGCUCAUUCAACUCAACAAGCCUCAACUCCGGAGUCUCAAUACAGCUAUACAGCCAUCUACCGUUCCACCCGUCGCUUCGCCCUCUCCUCCUCCAAUACCACCUCUUCCUCUCUUUCACCUUCUCAAAACAAACUUGCCCUGGCCGCCAUCUCCGCCCUAACCGCCCUCGACCCAAUGUCUGGCUACAACGUCACCAGCAGCAGCUCUGCCAACGAGGAUGACACCAACGUCGAGGCGCUCGCUCAGAGAAACGACUUCCUGGCUGAUCAAAUCCAGAUCUUGCUCGCUGAGUCCGCCACCGGGCUUGUGGAUGGGUGGGUGAGUGGGUUUGUGGGGGAGCUUGUGAUUCGGAUCGCGGAGGACGAGGAGAGGAGGGGGAGAAAGGGUGAUGUACUUGGGAGGUUAUGGUAA